AUGGUAUUCAAUGAGGGUCUCCAGCGCUGUUUCUGGCUGUCUGGACUCGGAAGUCAGAGCCUACCAGUCAUUAUUUCCACCAGAGGGUUCGCCCGAUCUUAUGCUGUGUACGCGGUGGCGAUCAGGGAGAGAACUAGAGGACGAACUACUCGCGGUCGCGCGGGUCUGCAUUGUACCUAUCACCGCAAUAUCACUCUACUCGCGGUCGCGGGUCUGCAUUGUACCUAUCACCGCAAUAUCACUCUACUCGCGGUCUCGCGGGUCUGCAUUGUACCUAUCACCGCAAUAUCACUCUACUCGCGGUCUCGCGGGCCUGCAUUGUACCUAUCACCGCAAUAUCACUACAUUGUGGCCUAUCACCCACAAUAUCACUCUACUCGCGGUCUCGCUGGGCUUUUCGCGGUCUCGCAAUACUGCAUUAUCACUACCCUAUCACUAUCACCGCAAUAUUUCACGCGGUCUCGCGGGCUGCAUUGUACCUAUCACCGGAAUAUCACUCUCGCGGGGCUGCAUUGCCUACCUAUCACCGCUAUCACUCUACACGCGGUCUCGCAUUAUUCACCGCCUAUCACCGCAAUAUCACUCUCUACUCGCGGUCUCGCGGGCCUGCAUUGUACUAUCACCGCAAUAUCACUCUACUCGAGGUCUCGCCAGGCUGCAUUUUUACCUUCACCACAAUAUCAUCUCUCGCGGGCCUGCAUUGUAACUUCACUCUACUCGCGGUCUCGCUGGCCUGCAUUGUACCUAUCACCGCAAUAUCACUCCUCGCGGUCUCGCGGGUUGCAUUGUACCUACCACCGCAUUAUCACCUAUCUCUCGCCGGCCUUCAUUUCUACUCGCGGUCACAAUAUCACCUCUACUCUGCGGUCUCGCGGGGCUGCAUUGUACCUAUCACCGCAAUAUCACUCUACUCGCGGUCAUUGGUGUAUCAAUAUCACUCUUUCUCGCUGGGCUGCAUUGUACCUAUCACCGCAAAUCCAUUCGCGGUCUCGCCAGGCUGCAUUGUACCUAUCACCGCAAUAUCCUCUACUUUCGCGGUCUCGCGGGUCUGCAUUGUACCUAUCACCGCAGUAUCACUUCUCCGCCCCCAUUGCAGUCUCGCCAGGCUGCAUUUUACCUAUCACCACAAUAUCACCUACGCGGUCUCGCGGGUCUGCAUUGUACCUAUAUCACAAUAUCACUCUACUCGCGGUCUCGCGGGUCUGCAUUGUUGCAUUCACCGCAUCACCUAUCACCAUUUAUGGAAAAUAUCACCGCAAUAUCACUCGCGGUCUCGCCAGGCCUGCGGGCCUGCAAUAUCACUCUAUCACCUGCAUUUUAUAUCACCUAACUCUACUCGCGGUCUCGCCAGGCUGCAUUGUACCUAUCACCGCAAUAUCACUCUUGUACCUCGCGGUUUCGCAGGCCAUUGUUCCCCGCAAUAUCACUCUACUCGCGGUCUCGCUGGGCUGCAUUGUACCUAUCACCGCAAUAUCACCACAAUUGUACCUAUCACCACAAUCAAUACUCUACUCCGCGGUCUCGCGGGCCUAUCACCGCAUUGCGGUCUCGCAAUCACCGCAAUAUCACUCUACUCGCGGUCUCGCCAGGCUGCAUUGUACCUAUCACCGCAAUAUCACUCUACUCGCGGUCUCGCCAGGCUGCUGCCUAUUUUCCCGCGGUCUCACCGGAAUAUCACCGCAAAUAUCAAAAUACUCGCGGUCUCGCUGGGCUGCAUUGUACCUAUCACCGCAAUAUCACUCUACUCGCGGUCUCGCCAGGCUGCAUUGUACCUAUCACCACAAUAUCACUCUACUCGCGGUCUCGCGGGUCUGCAUUGUACCUAUCACCGCAAUAUCACUCUACUCGCGGUCUCGCGGGGCUGCAUUGUACCUAUCACCGCAAUAUCACUACCUCUCGCGGGCCUGCAUCACCGCAAUAUCACUCUACUCGCAGUCUCGCCAGCCUGCAUUGAUUCACCGCAAUAUCACCGCGGUCUAUCAUUGUCCUAUCUCGCGGUUUCGCGGUCUCGCGGGGCUGCAUUGUACCUAUCACCGCAAUAUCACUCUACUCGCGGUCAUUUUACCUAUCACACCGCAGUAUCACUCUACUGCAUUGUACCAAUCACCGCCGCAAUAUCACUCUCCUCGCGGUCUCGCCAGGCUGCAUUGUACCUAUCACCGCAAUAUCACUCUACUCGUCUUAUCGCGGACCUGCAUUCACCACAAUAACUACCUAUCACCGCAAUAUCACUCUACUCGCGGUCUCGCGGGUCUGCAUUGUACCUAUCACCGCAAUAUCACUCUACUCGCGGUCUCGCGGGCCUGCAUUGUACCUAUCACCGCAAUAUCACUCUACUCGCGGUCUCGCGGGUCUCACCGCAUUAUCACUCUACCUCUCGCUGUGCACCGCAAUAUCACUCUACUCGCGGUCUCGCGGACCUGCAUUACCUAUCACCACAAUAUCACUAACACCGCAACCUAUCACCACAAUAUCACUCUACUCGCGGUCUCGCGGGUCUGCAUUGUACCUAUCACCGCAAUAUCACUCUACUCGCGGUCUCGCUGGGCUGCAUUGUACCUAUCACCGCAAUAUCACUCUACUCGCGGUCUCGCUGGGCUGCAUUUUACCUAUCACCGCAAUAUCACUCUACUCGCGGUCUCGCCAUCACUGCAAUAUACCUAUCCCUCGCCAGGCAAUAUCACCACAUAUACUCGCGGUCUCGCUGGGCUGCAUUUUACCUAUCACCGCAAUAUCACUCUACUCGCGGUCUCGCCAGGCUGCAUUGUACCUAUCACCGCAAUAUCACUCUACUCGCGGUCUCGCUUUCUUUGCGCGUCGGCUCAUCUUCUUUAUACAAUUUCUCCUAUUUCAUACAAAAUAUAUUUCCUUCUUUGCAUCGUGUCGCUUCUUCAUCACACGCGGUCGACCUUUCCAGCUUCACCUUCCCUUACACCUAUUUUGAAUUACCGUGGUCUUAGGACAGAUACGCUCCUCUACUGGCUGUUGGGAAGAUGA